GUCUCGGGCCGAGUUGACCUGAUUACUUACGCCGGAAGUGCGUCACGGUUCACUGGCCCGUGCCAGAUAAAGAUCUACCCCGUGUACAGUCUCUUCACACCUGACCGGCAAUCAGACAACACGUGUGUUAGACCAUCUCUCGUUUUUAACGGAGUCAGUAUAUCUCUACGUAAGUAGUGCCAGUUAUCUUAGUGCUCCGGGCUUUUAGCUAGGACACUAAGCCAGUAUAUUCUAUUGGAUAAGUAUUUGACUGCUGUAUCAUCACCGUAUCCUGACCUGUCCAGCGACCCGUGGUGAUAUAGAUCGACCUCCAUUGUAAACCAGAUAGCGUGACCAACAGCGAGAUAUGGCAAACAGAGGGACCACUCAGCCCAUUGAUGAGCAGGCAGCAGCGUGUUUACGCCGAGGUGAGCUGUUUCAGCCCCCUACUGCAUUCAUCGAACGGAUGGCCCUCUGUAUGAUGUCGGAUCAACGCUUUGACGAGAUCGUCUUGGAUAUGUGCAGUUUGGCAAAGGGUAAGAUGGGUAAGAAGGGAGCUAACCGGAGACAACUUGAAGGUUGGCUGAAGAAGGUCGCGGAAACCUUGGACUCGCUGCAGCUCCGUUCAUUCGCCUGGAUUGAGCAGCACGUCGCCCCGCUGAGUCGUCGCCCUAGAGUAGGACCUGUACCUGCAGAGUCGACGGCUUGUUACCGUGACAUUCGCCUGUCUACCGACCCCAAUCUGGAGCGCAGGAUCGAGGAUGCAGUUACCACUGAGGCCCCUGCAGCAUCGGAAGAUGACCUGGACCUCUUGGGGGAUGACCCGAUGGAUAUUGAGCUCAUGCCCCCAGUGGAUACCAUGGAUACCCCCGUGUUGGAGGAGCCAUUGAUUGGAUCGCCUGCUGUAUCCUCAUCCCAGCGACCAGAUAGCCAGACUGUACCGUCAGGUCGCGUCUCUGCCAAGGGUCCAGCCAGUGUGCGUGAGGAUUUUAUCCCCGUCUCCCGUGCUAAACCCAAGGUAAGUGACCGGCCAUCCAGGAGUACUCGCCGGACCAGUCCUCGUAAGAAGAGUUCCCGUAGGAGUCCCUCACCUGUCCGUCAUCGUUCCAGUCCGCGGAGAGCUGCCAGAAGCCCUUCAGUGUCUGCCCCUAUGCGUCGGACGAGCCCCCGUAAGCGCCCUCACAGCCAGUCAACUGGACCUAUUCCCAGGAAGACAGUCCACGUUGAGGAGCCCCGUACCACUCGAGUUGUGACGUCUGCCGAGCCGAGACGAGGAGGAAUAGUGGUAGAGGUUCCGAGAGGUUCUGGAUCUACGUCGCGGAGCCGAGCGCCGAGGGUCAGACACUGUGUGAUUCCUGACUGCAAGGAGGUUGGGAGCUACGCCAAGCCCCACGCGUUCAACCAUCAUUUGCCGAGGGUUUUUGACGAGCGCCUGCCCCCUGCAGCAAUCAAGGUUCUUCGUGGACGGAAGGAGGCCCUUUUACAAGCCGCUGUAUGGCUUUUGAGAAGAGCCGUGGACAACUUGGACGACCUUGUGGAGUACGUGGAGAUGCAGCACCUGUUGACAACAUCAUCGGAGAAGCUCAGCUUUUCAGACUGCCAGAUAGUGGGGAUGAGGGCAUUUUGUGGCUAUUUGAGUGUACCAUGUCCAGACAACUUCACGUUGGAACCGGUGAGCUCUGUAGCCGUCCUCCUCCACUGGAAGGUUUUGUUGCUGAUAGCUGCCCGGAUCCCUGCUACCGAGCGAGAGUAUUGGAGGACGUUAUUUCCUGCCCCUGAGGAAGUGGGAACCCGAACCCCUCGGGCGUUUGAUGCUCACUUCCAUCUUGACCGCACCCUGAAGGCCAUGGGAUUACGACUGGACUCUACGUUCCAGUCCGUGUUGGAUGGUACCAGGAUGGACAAGGGAAAGGAGGUAAUCGUCGCCGGGACUUGUGCCUCUUUCUGCGACCCGGAGACUUAUCCAACCACGGAUAGUCUGAAGACCCUACCAGCGGAUAUGGAGGUCGCAGUAGGGGUACACCCCAAGAAAAGAUACUCGAGCUCGGAGUUGGAUCGUGUCAUCAGGAAGCUGAAGGACCUCGUACGACAACGCAGAGUGACAGCAGUUGGCGAAGUUGGUGUUGACCACUCCGUACCACCGGAGCAGUGGCCGCAGCAGUUAGUCAUGUUGGAGAAGAUUCUACCAUUGGUGGAGCCUCGACAUGUCUUGGUUCUCCAUUGUAGAGGGAUGUCCGGAGAUAGUGGAGCAGAAGCAUACCUCCUUCUUCUACACUACGUAAAGAAGGCAGUGCCUGAAGACCAGCGGAUAUAUCUCCAUUGUUUCAAUGGGGAUUCCUAUGUCCGUGAGCAGUGGUCUAGUGCUUUUAGGAAUCUGUACUUCGGAUUUACCAGCAUGGCUGCAGGAUUCACCCCACCUCAGGUUCGCGCCUUGAAGUGGAUCAACCCUGAGAGAGUGUUGUUGGAGACCGACGCCCCCUACUUCAACCGGUCAGGCCGCAAGUGGUCUGCACCCAACCAAUUGUAUUGGACGGCGGAGGCUGUAGCAAAACACCUCAGUUACACGGCGGAAUCCCUGCUGAAUGCGACCGUAACCAACGCUCAACGACUGUUUCGUCACUAG